CCCUUGUAAUUUGCUAACCCUUGGGUCAAAAAUUGCCUGAGGAAGUGAAUCAAAACUUGGUUCUGAAGACAUGAAGAAGUAUGGUUUACAGCUUAGGGUUCCACCGGCACAGCAGAAAAAACGGGCGACAAGACCGCCGCUCCCUCCUCCUCUUGGCUUCCGCGACGACGACGAAGAUGACGUGGAGAGAGAGAUUUCUCGGCAGGCUAGCAAGAACAAAUCUCUCAAGGAUAUAGAGGAGCAACAUAAGAAAGCGUUAGAGGAAGAUCCUUCAGUGUUUGAUUAUGAUGGAGUUUACGAUCAGAUGAAAGAGAAGGUUGUUCGUCCCCUCGUUCAAGAUCGCGAAGAACGCAAGCCGAAAUAUAUUCAUAAUUUAAUUAAAAAAGCAGAGCAACGACAGUGGGAGCAAGAGAUAGUCUAUGAGAGAAAGCUUGCGAAGGAGAGAAGUAAAGAGGAUCACCUUUAUGCAGACAAGGAUAAGUUUGUGACCAGUGCCUACAAGAAAAAACUUGCUGAGCAGGCAAAAUGGAUGGAGGAGGAGCGCUUACGUCAACUUCGAGAGGAGAAAGAUGAUGUUACCAAGAAGAGUGAUUUGAGUGAUUUUUACUUCAACCUUGGUAAAAAUGUUGCUUUUGGGGCAAAUGAGGCUGGGCCAAGGAAGCCAGAAAUGCAUACUGAAUUGAGGAAACCUGAGAUGAAAGAUGAGAAAGAGAUAGAUGUAUUCAACAGAGUUCAGCCGUUGCCAGACUCAAAUGUGCCUGAUUCUUCUGGUGUGACUGAUCGGACUCGGGAUGAAACAAGUUCUCAAGAAAACUAUGAGUCCCAAGAUUCGAGGUUGAUCACUGAUGAUAUACUUCCAGACACUGCAGCGCAAGAGACCUCUUCAGCGAAACAACCAUCAGUUGAUCAACUAAAGAGUCACCACCAUAAAAGAGGUGAAGAUGCAGUUGCGGCAGCUAGAGAACGUUUUCUGGCACGCAAGAGGGCAAAACAGCAAUGAUUGGUUACCUCUCUCCCAAGAGGGAUUUACAAUGGGGGGAGACUGUAAUCUUAAAAGACUUUUUCUUUUCUUUUUUUUGGUUGUUGUAUAUUUAUGAAUCUAUAAACAAGUUUUAUUGUCUUGUAGUUGUCAUUUAUAGUAGUUUCCUACUUUUCUAUUGAAUCAGCUAAGUCAUGCAUUUAUUUUUUCACCAUCAACAAUCAUUCUCUUUCCCUUCUUU